GCUCACAUCGACUCGUAAUGAGGACGGAUCCCCCUCAGAUGAAGACGGAAAUGUCUCAGCCCCCGAUACACACACAGAGCACGACGGGGGGGAUAAUACGUCUGUCCACGUAAAGGAGGAAUCCGCUUCCAAUGAGCAUUAUUGGAUCCCAACCGAACACAAGGAAUCUACUUCUACUGAUAAAACCCAAACCAGUAACACACAUUUUCAGUGUGAAACACCCCCUGAUGAGGGUACAUAUAGCUGCCCAAAGUGUCAGGAACGGUUUACCAGUGACUCUGAUCUUCUUCUACGUCAGACCAUCCAUGAUAGAGCGGCGGUCUCCUCUCUGGACUGCGAGGAAAGUUCUAACUUUAAAUCUGAGUGCAUGAGGCAUCAGCGUAUUCUAAAAGGUGAAAAUCGCUAUUCCUGUUCUGUAUGUGGGAUAUGUUUUAAGAGGAACUCGCAGCUUGCUCGACACUUUAGAAUUCACACUGGAGAGAAGCCUUAUUCCUGUUCUGAAUGCGGGAAAUGUUUUAACAGUAAUUCAAACCUUGUAAAACAUCUUAUAAUUCACACCCAGGAGAAGCCUUAUUCUUGUUCUGCAUGUGGGAAAUGUUUUAACAGGAACUCCAACCUAAUUCAGCAUCUUAGAACCCACACCGGUGAGAAGCGCUAUUCUUGUCCCAAGUGCAGGAAAUGUUUCAACAGUAACUUGCAGCUUCUUGAACAUCUUAGAACUCACACAGUCGAGAAGCCUUAUACAUGUAUUGUCUGUGCGAAAUUAUUUAAAUGUAGCUCGGACCUUGAUCAACAUCUCAUAAUUCACACCCAGGAGAAACCUUAUUCCUGUUCCGAGUGUGGGAAAUGUUUUAACAGGAACUGGAACCUUGUUCAGCAUCUCAGAAUUCACACUCAGGAGAAGCCUUAUUCCUGUCCCAAGUGUGGGAAGUGUUUUGCUGUUACCUCAAACCUUGUUCGGCAUCUCAGAAUUCACACCGGGGAGAAGCCUUAUUCUUGUUCUGACUGCGGGAAAUGUUUUAACUGGAACUCGAGCCUUACUGUCCACCUGCGCACUCACACUGGUGAAAAACCAUUUCGAUGUUCCAAGUGUGGCAAAUGUUUUGCGUGCACCACGACCCUCAAUAAACAUCUCAAAAUUCACACCGGGGAGAAGCCUUAUUCCUGUUCCGAAUGCGGGAAGUGUUUCGUUCAUUACUCUAAUUUCACUGUCCACCUGCGGACUCACACAGGAGAGAAACCGUUUCCGUGUUCUGUGUGUGGAAAAUGUUUUGGCAGUAACUCUGGCCUUGCUAAACAUCUCGGAAUUCACAGCGAGGAGAAAUCUUUUUCUUGUUCCGUGUGCGGGAAAUGUUUCAAACAGUACUCGUAUUUAACCCACCACCUGCGGACUCACACAGGAGUUAAACCAUUUAAGUGUUCUGAAUGUGGGAAAUGUUUUAACUGUAAGGCAAGCCUUGCUCGGCAUCUCCGCGUUCACACCGGGGAGAAGCCUUAUUCCUGUUCCCAGUGCGGGAAACGUUUCUCACACUUUUCAGGUUUUGCCGCCCACCGGAGAACUUACACAGGAGAGAAACCGUUUAUGUGCUCUGUGUGUGGGAAACGUUUUAGUGGUAACUCAGGCCUUGUUCAACAUCUUCGAAUUCACACCGGGGAGAAGCCUUAUUCCUGUUCCGUGUGCGGGAAAUCGUUCACGCAGUCUUCCGGUUUUGUCCUCCACCAGCGGUCUCACACAGGAGAAAAACCAUUUCCGUGUUCAGAGUGCGGGAAAUGUUUUAUCAGCAACUCAAACCUUGUUCGACAUCUCCGAACCCACACCGGUGAGAAGCUGUUUUCAUGUUCCGAAUGUGGGAAAACUUUCAAAGAAAAGUCACAUUUUGUAAUCCAUCAGCAGACUCACACGGGAGAAAAAACAUCUCUGUGAGUUUAGAAAACGUUAACAUAUUGUUUGGUUAUGUUUAUAUCCCGUGUGCUUCUUGGCUCUCUUUCUGCAUCACUUGCCGCAGGCCUUGUCGUUUUCCAGUUUGGUUGUAGUGGGAGAGCCUCCACCUCUAUCGGCUGCCAUCUUCCCAACUUGUGUGAGCUGUGUUUCUUUGUUCCUGCGCUCAUCUGAAUUGUUCCAGCACCUGACUCACCGGCGUAUUUCCUACUGAUUUUCUUCAUAUUUUCCCCUCACAUUCGAUUGUCUUUAACUCUUUCUGUACUGGGAUAUGUUUGAAUUCAGGUGUUUUUUUUCCUCACUUGUUUACCUUGUGUAAUUAAAAUUUGGGCAAAUGUUCGAUAUUAUAAA